CAGAUAUUCCACCAGAAUCCAAGAAAAUACAACAAAAGACCGCUAAAUGCUGGCUGCUCUUUCGCUCGUAGGCUCGAACUUUUGCGUUCCGUUCGCCUAACGCUGCGCUGGCAACUCCGUUGCCUCAGCCGCCUCUCGGUCCAGUUUCCGAGAUCUGAGUAUCGGACUCCGUCUGCAGUCCGACGCUAGAUUCACUCAAGAUGUUCGAUGGAAGCCACGCACUGGCGUUAAGCUUCCCCAUCCAUCUCGUCGAUCACGUCGUCCCGGCCAAGCACCGGAUCCAUGUUAAACGACCUAGGCUGCCGCCGUCGUCGCCUCUUCUCCUUUGGAGGGAGGACUCCGACAAGGUCCCCACUGGAUCCCACCGCCCGACCGAGCUCGCCUCAUCCGCCGCCACUCCCUUCCUCGACUCCCCAGUCUCUAUCGGCGUCUUGGGCGGCGCUCCGGCCGCCGCCACUCUUAGAUUCGUGAACAACCUCGUCCAGUCCUUCGGCGACGAGUCUCUCCCCUUCGUCGUUUGCGCCGACCCGGCGAUCGGCAGAUCGCUCGCUGACCGCGAGCGGAGCCCUGCGGCGUUGGAGAGCCUACGGCGGGGGCGGGUGUUCCUGGAGCGAGCCGGGGCGCGGUGCAUCGCCAUGCCGUGCCACGCCGCACACGCCUGGCACCUCGAGAUCGCAGAGGGAUGCGCCGUCCCGUUCCUCGACGCCGGAGAGUGCGUGGCGGAGGAGCUGAAGGCGGCGAAACUGAGGCCGGCGGAGAUCUGGAGCAACGUACGCGUGGGAGUCCUUGCGCUGGAUGCCACCUCGUUAGUUGCUCGAUUUUAUCAGGAAAAAUUAGAAAAACGAGGUUUUGAGGUUGUUUUCCCAGACAAAGAGACGAUGGAGCACAUGGUGAUUCCAGCCAUGGAGGCAUUUGAGAGAAAGGACAUGGAAGGAGCAAGGAACUUGGUCAGGAUCUCCAUCCAUGUUCUUCUGGUGAGGGCCGUGAGCAGCAUCGUGCUGGCCUCUGACUCCAUGCAGGGGCUGUUGCCUGAAGAUGACCCCCUGCUGAGGAUGUGCAUUGACCCCAUGGAUGCUCUGGUGAGAGCCACCCUGCUCUGGGCUUUGUCUGUCAGCAAAAAUUAAACUAUAAAUUAUGUGCAGUGUAAUACCAAAUUGCAACUUGUUAUAUGCAAUACACAAAAUAGGAAGGUUUGCAGUA